AUUUUGAAUUCCUUCAUUUGUGAGAUGUGAUGUGAAGCGAUGUUAGUAAUGUUUUAGAGGAGUAAAUCGAUUUUUAAAAAUCACAAUGUGUUUAAAAUUAACCUACAGUAAAGAAGCAUUGAAAGUUACCACGAUAAGCUUGCUAUGUUUGCAAGCGCUUUCUUUACUUUGCAGCUGUUUUGUUUGUAUUCAACGAUUCGAAUUGCAGCGUCGUUAACGAAGUUCCAAUUAGUGGAUGAGAAUGGAUAUUUGGAUUCACACUUUUUGAACAGUACUCGAAACGAUUGCAUUUUGAUAUUGUCAUUCGUUGGUGUUUUGGUAGCAUUGUACGGAUUUCACAAAAAACGAUACCAGUAUUUAUUGGUGUAUUUUACGAUAAAUGUUGCCAGUAUUUUACUCAUUUUGAUCAGUAAUAUUUUAUUUUUAUUCUUGGAAGAGACUUCUCUGGAUGCAAACGAUGUAUUUUGUAUCUUCAUCAUCACAGUCGCAUAUUCUAUAUUUGCGGGUGUAGCUUUGAAAUUUUAUCAAGCACUCCACGGCAGAGGAAAUCAAACAAGUUAUGCCACGAAUCCAAACUUUUUCAUCGGCGAAAGCAGCGACGACUUGGAACUUGAAGAACUAGAAAAGUUAUCUUCACAAUUUACUAGCGAUCAUUCUAUAAGAAGCCCAAAACUUGAUAGAAAUACUAAUCCAGACUAUUCGUGGUUAAAUAUGAAUUAUUCUACUCACUAUGACUUGAUGCUCGAUAGAAAUCAAUAUUUGAAGAAAUUACUGAAAAGAGGACCGUAAAGAUACGUGGGUACCUAAUACCUAUACCUAUUUAUUAUACCUAUUGAUUGCAUAAAAAUUAUUUUUAAUGUUUACUUUUAAAUUUGAAUGGGAAUUGGGAAACAUUCAUACAAUAUCUCGUAACAGUU